AUGUGUGGAAUUUGGGCAGUUUUUGGAGUUGAAGGAGAAACGCUUAAUUGUGUUUGCAAUAAUUUUAAUAAAAUUUCUCACCGAGGUCCCGAUGCUCUACGAGUUGAAAAUGACAGCCGUAUUAAGAACGCAUUUUUGGGAUUUCAUCGGCUGACAAUUCUUGACAGUUUGUGUGGUAUGCAGCCAAUGAGAUUGUACAAAUAUCCAAAUGUAUUUUUGAUAUGUAAUGGAGAAAUUUACAAUUUUAAACAACUCAGGGAUAAAUAUAAUUUUUCAUACUCAUCAAAAUGUGAUAUUGAAAUUAUUACUCACUUGUACAUGAACGGAGGUGCUAAAAAUAUUGUCAAUAAUUUAGACGGAGUUUUUGCAUUUUGUCUUAUGGACAUGCAGGAAAAUAAAGUUUUAAUUGGACGUGAUCCAUAUGGAGUUAGGCCUUUGUUUAGAUUGUUGAGCACUGAUGGCCAGUUGGUUGUUUGUUCUGAAACAAAACCUGAGCUUUAA